ACGAAUCCAUAUUUUUAGGUAUACAUAUACUUUCCUGAUUCUAGGGUUUCAUUCUCUUGCAGAAGCUUCAACGAACACAAGCGCCACUUGUACCCGUCGGCCGCAAGGAAGUGAAGGAUGGAGUCUCAAAUCAAGCAUGCAGUUGUCGUUAAAGUGAUGGGGAGGACUGGUUCAAGAGGUCAGGUGACACAAGUGAGAGUGAAGUUUUUGGAUGACCAGAACCGGUUUAUCAUGAGGAAUGUCAAGGGACCAGUCAGAGAGGGUGAUGUUCUUACCUUGCUCGAGUCUGAGAGGGAAGCUAGGAGGUUGCGUUGAUUGUGUAAACCUUUCGCUUUUACUCAUUUUGCUUUUAAGACUUGCUGAUGUUUAUCAUCAUUGCAUUUUGAUCCUAGUAGCAGGUUUGGGUUUACUUAAAUCUGUAUUUGUUUUCUUUUGAAUGGAUUGAAUUUGGAGUAUGUUUGAUGGGUGGGUGAUUUAUGUUUGAAUUCGAAUUUAGAACAUUAGCAUAUCAUCUGUUUUUAAAUA